GAGAAGCAGACGGGCACAGUAACAGGAGUCAUGGAAGAAGAUGAGCAGGAGUUCACCAAAGAGCAGCUUCAGAUGUGGAUCAGGGAGAAGGUCAAGAAUAACUGGAUGGUUUCCCCGAUCAUGUUGAAGAAAUACAAUGUGCUGCAGUCUCUGCUGGGAAGAAGAGAAAAAAAGGCAGCUGAUUUCAUGAAGCUCUGCCAGUCUGUGGCUGACUGUGAAGCAGCUGUGAGGAAUCUGUACUCCCUGCUUGGUUGGCACUUCAGAGAAACAGAUUCUGAUGAGGAUUAUGACACGGUCACAGGCUGUGGUGAUGAAGCACAAGAAGAUUAAGAAACAAGAGAGGGGAUAAAGAAGGUUCUGAUUCUCUCAGACAAAAGAAAGAAGCAUGUAAAGUAUCUACAAGACAUACUGAACAUAAAAUGAAACCUUUAUGUCUUCCACCAGCCUGGUGAAUGUGGACACUAAGAGUUCCUAGGACUAGGACUUAGACCUGUACUCCUAGACUAUGACCUGGACCUAUGACUCCAUUUAGACUAUAGGUCUACUCUUAAAUUCUGGAACCUGCAGUUGACCACAGUAUCUACUGUCAGAUUGCCAGAUAUUUCAGUAAACUCAAUUGUGGUAAACUCAAUGGAGUGGUUGUUUUUGGGGAGUUUGAAGACACCUUCAGAGAAAUUGUAUGAGACACUGUCUGAGGUUCUGGCCUGACCUGCUACGGUCCUGUUGCAAGGUAGCAGACGUUAUGAAAGUAGAGUUCGAGGGAGUUUAACACAGUUUGCGUGUCUUGCUCAGGAGGCUCAA